UUAGUUUGUGUAUUGUAUCUCCGCUACCAUUGCGGUAGGACGUUUAAGAAAAAGACCAUUAAAACGUCGCAUUUGCGUGUAAAGUAAUAUUUUAUCGCGUAUUUUUGCUGCUUUUUUUAAUAGUUUUUUGUUUGUACAUGUGUGAUGUAUCCCGGACAACGCGAGUCCUGCGAAGUUGGGAUCAAGUGUUUUUCCGUGGAAUAAAAUGGAUAUUUCCCAAGUGUAGCCACCGGAUAUGAUUGUGUCGCUUUUUGGAACUUUGCGGAAGACUUUUUGGGACCAUUUGGAGACGAUUGGGAAUACUAAACCAUGUGUGGAGGGACAAAGUGAAACAAUAGUGAGCGUUGGAGAGAAAGCUCAUCCGGGGGAGGUCUAUUCCGCGAGGGGGGCUUUGUUCCGUCCUGUGGAGAUCAUCGAUUGAUUGAUCGAUUGUUUGAUCCGCAGCCCCAACCAACCACCACCAACAUGGAUGUGACUCUUUCCGAGCUCUUGGUUGCCUUCUUGGAGUCCCCACUCGUGUUGUGGGUGCGGACAUUGGGUCCGCUGGGGUCAUGUGACGACGUGGGCUCGGAGGAUCGUGUCAACAUGUUCAUCGAGCUCGUGGAUGGCGUCUUCCUGCACAAGAUCAUGACACACAUUGACCCCGGCCCAAAUAAUCAGAGGCUGAACAAGAACGUGAACAACGACGUGUCACUCCGUCUUCACAACCUGACCCUCCUCACCCGACACGUCAGGACGUACUACAAGGAUACCCUUCAGCAGCUAAUAGUGAUGCCCCUUCCUAACAUCGUCUGCAUCGCCAAGGAUCCAUUAUCAGCAAAGAGCAUGGAGGAGCUGAAAAGACUUCUACUGUUAAUUCUUGGCUGUGCUGUUCAGUGCGAACGUAAGGAGGAGAUGAUCGAGAAGAUCAAACUGCUGGACAUCGGGACCCAGGCAGCCAUUGUGUCUCACAUCCAGGAGGUGACCCACAACCGGCAGAAUGUUCUUGACCUUUCGUGGCUGGAGGAAGGAGCAGGACUUGGACAGGAAGAGCUGGAACCGCUGUCACGCAGCAUGGCUGCAUCGCUACGGCAACUGAUUGAGCAAAGAGACAAGGCCAGUGAGGUGAUUGUGGAUCUCACCAACGAGAGGGACUACCUGUCCAGCCUGCACCCCCAGGAAAGACCAAUACGCAGCCCGGAGCAAGGCACCAGUCCUGGAGGUGUUGUCGUGAAUAACGGCGGACCAGCCUUGACCGUAACCAACCUCACCAAAGAAGAAAAGCAACAUUUGUCAGUGGAGAUGGCCGACACGAAGGCCAAGCUUCGCCGAAACAGACAAGAACUGGAGGAGAAGACGGAGCAGUUGAUGGAUUCCCGACACGAGGUGGAGCGUCUGGAUCAGGAGCUUCAGCGACUUAAACAGGAGAACCAGUCGCUGUCUUGUGAGGCGCGUUCGGUGCGAGUGUACCGCGACGAGGUUGACUCCCUGAGGGAGAAAACGGCCCGGGUUGACCGACUAGAAACAGAAUUGACUCGAUGUAAAGAGAAGCUCAACGAUGUUCACUUCUACAAGGCCAGAAUGGAGGAGCUUCGUGAGGACAACUUGACCCUGAUGGAGACCAAGAUGUUGCUGGAGGAGCAACUGUCGGUCUCCAGAGGGCGCUGUGAUAAAGUUCACACUUUGGAGAAAGACAACCUGCUGCUACGAGCUAAAAUACACGACCUGGAAAUGGUGAGGGACAAUGAGCGUCGCAGGCUGGAGGAGCUAGUGGAGGAGAACAUGCUGCUAGAGAUCGGGCAGAAACAAAGCAUGAACGAAUCGGCUCAUCUUGGCUGGGAACUGGAACAGCUGACCAAAAACCAGGAGAACUGUAGCUCCGAGACUCGGAAGUCGUUUGUACACGAGCUCAAUGAGUGUGUCUCCAGCCGGGUUUUGAAGCUGGAAAAGGAGAACGGGGAGCUUCAAGUCACGGUUGAGAGACUGAAAGAAGAUAAUCACCUCCUGCAGGAGAAGCAGCUCCACGCUCAAGUGCUGGACCGGGAAAACCAGGGUCUCAGCAAGAAGUUGGAGCAUCUCCAAGGCUUGCUGGACCAGGAGAAACUGACCAAUCAAGACAUGGAGUCUCUUGGAGAGGAAUUAUUAAAGGAAAAACACAAUCUGGAACGAGACAUGCAUGCCCUGAGAGCGGACAAAGACCGACAGAUCUCCGAAUUGGAGAGCCAGAGGCAACAUCUCUCCGAGGCGGUGGUCUCGCUCCGUGAGCGCGCUCAAGCCGACAGCGAGGCGAGGGUCCGGGAAGUGGAGGCAGAGAACCGCCUCCUGCACCAGGGAAUCACCGACACCAGCGCUCGCUUGGCGAGCUUGGAAAUUCAACUGAAGGUUUCCCAAGAAGAGGAAGAGCGGCUGAGGGACCGGGCGGGAAGAUGCGAUGAGGUGGAGAGGGAGGUGGCGCGGCUGGAGAGAAACCGGGACGCUCUCAACAGAGAGGUGGCAUCUCUGCGUACGUGCAGUGAGCGUUCGGAGUUUCUGGAGAAGCAGGUCUCUUCCUUGGAGCAGGAGUUGCACAGACUGCAACGGGAGGCAGCGGACGCCCAGCAAGGGCUUCAGCAACUGAAGGCAGACAGACAAGGACCAGACAACGGCGUCCUCACCAAGGAGAACCUGGAUCUCCGCUGCACUCUGGAAAACCUGCGUUCCUCUUCGGCUCUCCUGGUGAAGCAACAGGAGGAAAAUCGUGAGGUGCAGAAAAAACUGCAAGAGCUGCAGAGCAGGUUUGAGGAGGUCGGAGUGGAGUUGCAAGGAGAGCGGAAGAGAGCGGAGAGACUGGAAGCAAACGUUGCCACACUUCACCAGGAGAAGCAUCACUUGGAGGUCCAUGUCGAAACGUUUAAAGAGGAGAGAGAAGAACUCCAGAGAGAAAAGCAGGGAGCCUCGAGUAGGCUGGAGGAGCUGAGGAAGGAAAUAGAGGAGCUCAGUCAGGAGCGGAGGAGGAGAGAGGAGGGCGACGCGGAGAGGAGGAAGCUUCAACUGGAUCUGGAUGAGUCUGAGAAGAGUAGGAAGCACCUGGAGAAGGAGAGCUGGAGGAUCAGACUGCUCCUGGACAACAAGGAGACGGAGCUGGAGGAGAAAGCCGCUCAAUUGGCUGUGGUCCAGAAGGAGGUCCAGGCUCUGAGCAAAGAAGUCGAUAGGCUGAAGGAGGUGGCAGUCAAGGCCAAGGAGCUGGAAAGGGAACACAAGGAGCUCCAGAAGCAAGCGACCAUUGACAAGAGAACUUUGGCUACACUGAGAGAGGAGUUGGUGUCAGAGAAACUGAGCGUCCAGCAGAACAAUGUUGAGUUAGAGAGACUCCGUGAAGAACUGGAGAAGGUUGGACUGAACAGAGAAAGACUUUUGCAGCAGGAGCUCACCCUGGAGGACAGCAAGUACAAGCUGCUUGAAUCCCGACUGGAGGAAACGGUCCAACAGGCGCUGAAGAUGAAAGAUGAGAAGAUAUCCGGUCUGGAAAAGAAACUGGAAGAGAUUAACACACACAACAAAACGCUACGGGCAGAGCGAGCUGCUGUUGUCCAUCAAGGAGAAAAGCACAACAUGCAAGGGUUCUCCAGAGGAGAUGAGCGACGAGACUCGGCCACAACGGAGCUGCUCCACAUCAAAGAUCAUCUGAUUGACGUAGAAAAGAGUAACGCCUCGCUUCAGACCCAGAGCCGUUUGUUGAAGGAUCAGCUGAAACAACUGGAGAACCAGAACACCUCACUGAACAGUCAGAUGGCAACGCUGCAGCGGCACACUGCCACUCUGCAGGAGCAGAAUACGUCUCUACAUACUCAGACAGCCAAACUUCAGGUGGAAAACUCCACGCUGUCCUCCCAGAGUGCGUCUCUCAUGGCCCAAAAUGCCGUGCUGCAGGGCCAAGUCAGCGCCUUAGAGACCGAGGUGGAGUCGUGGCAGAGACAGCGUGAGGAGGCCUGGCGAGGGCGAGAAAGUGUCCUCGACGACCACGAGCGCCUGCUGAGCGUCCACGAGAGGCAGGCGCAGGAGUAUGAGCACCUGAUCGCUCAACACACCGCUCUGAAAGUCAAGCAGAGGGCGCUAGAGAGCGAACACAGAGCAACACACAACAAGUAUUGCACUUUGUUACAGCAGAAGGAGAAAUGGGAGGAGCUAGAAGGACGCGGUCAGAAGGAGAGAGAGGAGCUCAACCUCGAGCACCAGAAGAAUCGACUCCUGCAGCAAGAGAACCUUCAGCUGAAAGCGGACGUGGAUAGGCUAUCACACAGCCAAUCCCAGCAGUCGGAGCAGUCGGACAAGCUCCAGCAGCGAGUGAACGAACUGAAGGGCUCCUUAAGCUCGGCUCAGCUGGAAGCAAGUCGCUGGAUGGCCCAAUACGACGGCCUCAUGGAGAAGCACCAGGGCUUGGACAUCACCAUGACAAAACUAGACAACCACUGUGAGCUGCUGAGUCGUCUGAAAGGGAACCUUGAAGAAGAAAACCAUCACCUCCUGAGUCAGAUCAACCUUCUCGGUCAGCAGAACCACACCCUGCUGGAGAGAAGCAUGGAGAGCAAAGAGCUCUACCACCAGGAACAGAAGCUCUACAUUGAUAAGCUGAACGCUCUUCGUCGUCAGAAGGAGAAACUAGAGGAGAAGAUCAUGGAUCAGUACAAGUUCUAUGACCCCACACCGAAGAAGAAGAGCCAGUGGUCGGGAGCCAAAGCUUUGGCUAAACUCAUCAAACCAAGAAAGGACGGCAGCAGGGAACGAGGCGGCGACCGAGACAAGGACGGCGCCAAAGACCGGGAGCGAGCCAAGAGCGCCCCGGAUAUCCCCCUGCCUGCGCCCCCGCCUCUGCUCCCCCCGGAAACCCCACCCCCACCUCCCCAGAGGACAGGAAGUGACUCCCAGGACAACGGCCACGCCCACAGUAAACAUAGCAACCACUGCGCCAGUCCGGUGUUGACGCCCAUCAGUCGAGGUUUGAUUGACAGAGGACGAGGGCCGUGCCGCAGCAGCAUGGCUACAGACAGCAGCGUCCUUGGCGACGACGGACACGGACACGGCCUAUCUCAAACCCACAAAGCUCUGAGUUCCACCCCGAGCCAUCAGUCAUCGUCAUUGGCCCUAAGCAGCUCCACUUCUCCACUGGAACAAGGCGCCGGCUGCAGACCGAGAGGAAUGUUCUUUGACGACGACACGGAUGCUGUGUUUGGCGCCCACGGUCACAUGGGAGGUCGCCCGGGAUCAGCUGUCAGUCACCGCACCUCCAGCUCAAACUCACCUGUCAACUGCAGAGACGGAUCAGACGGUCAUCUCUGGUCGGGUAGUCUGUCCAGCGAUGACGUCACAGGUCUAAGUCAAUCACACCCGACCUUGUCACGUAGCGUGACCCUCCCGUACGAGCACACACCCCAGCGCGCCCAGCCACAGCGUGGAGGAAGGAACAGCAACAGGCCUCGACCUUCAUCUCCCGGAAGUGAAAUGGUGACGUUGGAGGAGUUUCUACAAGAGAGCAACCUCAAAUCGCCGCAAAUGGUUUCACUUGGAAGCAGAGAGGACUUAAUGAAGGAUUACUUCACCAGAAGUCCCGCCCCGCCGGGUCCCGCCGUCAGCGAUCAGAUCAACCCCACCAGCUACGUCACGCCCACCGUGCAUACAUCGAACCAGAGGCCGGGCCAGAGUGUUAAGCCGUCCCCCCGACAGCCUGUUGGUCAAUCACCGGCCUCGGGUCGCCCGAUUAGCCAGCGAACCAACCGCUCGCUUAGCAGGACGUUCAGCCUGGCGUCGGCGGAUUUGCUGCGCUCCAACGGCCCGGACAGUUUUCGCGGAAAUGGAGGAUCCCCCAACCAAUCGGAUUCGAUCAUUCGCCGCCAGGGAGGCGGGGCGAGCGGAAGAGAGAGGCCGCUCUCCGCUCGUUUGGCCGGUUCAACCAAUCAGCACGGAGACGGCGGCUUCCUGACUUCGCCCGUUCACCACUCGUCUUCGCUCGCCCUGCCGACCGAGAGACCCGGGGACAGAGACUGCGAGAGGGGGCGAACCCCUGUCGCUCAUAAUGGCCCCCCUUCGUCUUACCAUCACCGUGGCGAGGUUGCCAUGGUAACCCCGGUGAGGGCCGUGCCCGCUACCCAACUGGGUGACGCUUUGGAGCGGGUACAGGAAAUACAAAAUGGAGACGGCGAACGGCCAGACUGUAGUUCCGUGGAACGGCCAAAAAGCACACCGGCGUCCCCCGACCCCAACAACGACCCCCAGACGGUGUGGUAUGAAUACGGCUGUGUCUGAAUACCGCAGCCAAUCAGAUACCAGCCUUGUUCUCUGUACGUGGGAACCAAAGGUCUCGUACAUCCGGCGUUCCCAGUUUUUCCGAUGUGGUUCGUCCUUAACUGGAAGUCACCAAACCUGACUUUUGGGGUCCACAACAGAACUGGAUACUGAAGCAGCCGCCAAAGGAUUAUUACCGUGACAAGUGACUACUAGAUACUGAUCUCGGUAUUAGUUUGCUUCAGGUAAAAAGAACGCAAUGGACUGAACCCAGGACCAAACUAGCAGACCGAGACCACCUGAGAGAUGGGUGUAGGUUCCAACAGAACGCCAACUGCACUGACGCACCAGAAUACCGAUAGAAUGUCACCAGAUGUCAUUGAAACCUUGGUGAUGGUUAGCAAAACCCGACCAAAACCUGAAGAAGCAGGAACUGGAGAAACCUGGCAAACGAUUCCAUUGUCCUACGAUCAAAUGUAACCCGGAAGACCUCAUGUGUACGGAAUGUACCCUUGACAUACGCGGUCCAAUCAAGGUACUGCGUAUAUCGAUUAUUUGGUCCGUUGAGGGAUUGAAACCUUGGUGAUGGUUAGCAAAACCCGACCAAAACCUGAAGAAGCAGGAACUGGAGAAACCUGGAAAAGGAUUCCAUUGUCCUACGAUCAAAUGUAACCCGGAAGACCUCAUGUGUACGGAACGUACACUUGACAUACGCGGUCCAAUCAAGGUACCGCGUAUACCGAUAGAAUGUCACCAGAUGUGAGUCAACCUUGGUGAUGGUUAGCAAAACCCGACCAAAACCUGAAGAAGCAGGAACUGGAGAAAACUGGUAAACGAUUCCAUUGUCCUAGGAUCAAAUGUAACCCGGAAGACCUCAUGUGUACGGAACGUACCCUUGACAUACGCGGUCCAAUCAAGGUACCGCGUAUACCGAUUAUUUGGUCCGUUGAGUGAUUGAAACCUUGGUGAUGGUUAGCAAAACCCGACCAAAACCUGAAGAAGCAGGAACUGGAGAAACCUGGAAAAUGAUUCCAUUGUCCUACGAUCAAAUCUAACCCGGAAGACCUCAUGUGUACGGAAUGUACACUUGACAUACGCGGUCCAAUCAAGGUACCGCGUAUACCGAUAGAAUGUCACCAGAUGUGAGUCAACCUUGGUGAUGGUUGGCAAAACCCGACCAAAACCUGAAGAAGCAGGAACUGGAGAAAACUGGUAAACGAUUCCAUUGUCCUACGAUCAAAUGUACCCCGGAAGACCUCAUGUGUUCGGGACCUACAGUUGACAUACGCGGUCCAAUCAAGGUACCGCGUAUACCGAUAAUUUGGUCCGUUGAGGGAUUGAAACCUUGGUGAUGGUUAGCAAAACCCGACCAGGAACUGGAGAAACCUGGUCCUACUUGAUCCUACGAUCAAAUGUAACCCGGAAGACCUCAUGUGUACGGAACGUACCCUUGACAUACGCGGUCCAAACAAGGUACCGCGUAUACCGAUUAUUUGGUCCGUUGAUUCCCAAUAAGUGCGUACCAAGUAUCAUUUUUCCACCAUUUUUGACUACAAACAAGAAGAAAAAACUGCGUUCCAGUCUUUACGUAUGGAACCGGACCACCUAAUUCGACGAGUAGCAUCAGAACUGAACUGGUCGUACACCAACAUUUGUCUCGAAGGAACUUUGUUCUCGAAAGAACGAAUAAGUCUUACCAUGUAAGAACGGCAGACCAAACGGCGGCGACUGGAAGGGUUUGGAACUGAUGCAACCGAUACCCGAGUCAACACUCGUUCCGCUUAGGCCUAUUUGAACGAACAAGCGAUGAGAAUACUGCGAUGUCUUACUUUUAGGGGUGUCAUGGUACGCCAUGAACACGUUUUGGUGUGCACCUCGGUUUAAAGUCACCGUCGGGUUCAUUUCGGGGUACAAUAACGAAAUAGGGACCUUGCCGACAAAAGAGGGACCGGGGACCGCGAUUCUCGAGCUUUUCACGUGGACCGUGUGGCGUAUCUCUCUACCGAACUUUACCGUUACACUUCUAUGACCUACCGAACUAAGGACACGUCCAUUCAUUUUCUACCAUCUUAUCUUCACAAGGGCGGCGGACGGUGCUGGAGUCUAUCCCAGCUGUCUUCUUGGGGCAAGAGGCGAGAGGUACACUCUGGACUGGUGGCCAGCCAAUCACAGUGCACAUAUAGACAAACAACCAUUCACACUCACAUUCAUACCUAUGGACAAUUUGGAGUCGGGAAUUAACCGAGCAUGUUUUUGGAAUGUGAGAGGAAACCGGAGUAACCGGAGAAUCACUCGUCCACCGUGCAGCCCAUAUUUGUGAACAGUUUAACAAUAAUUCAUGGUUCCAUUUAUCACAGUGAGUCUUCCAGGUCCUGAUGCAGCAAAACAGUCCCAGACCAUCACACUACCACCACCAUAUUUUACUGUUGGAAUAAUGUUCAUUCAUUUUCUACCGCUUAUCCUCACGACGGUCGUCACCGGCUGUUUUCUUGGGGCGAGAGGCGGGGUACACCCUGGACUGGUGGCCAGCCAAUCACAGGGCACAUAUAGACAAACAACCAUUCACACUCACAUUCAUACCUAUGGACAAUUUGGAAUCGGGAAUUAACCUAGCACUCGAAGUACUCGGAGAAAACAAUGGAGCAAACUCCACACAUAGAUGGCAUGGAUGGUGGGAUUGAACUCUCGGGUCUACCAGCUGUGAGGUCUGUGCGCUAACCACUCGUCCACCGUGCAGCCCCGGACAUGUCCACACAAACAAAAAUACAAAAAGCACCUGUAAGUUUGUAAGUAAUAUUGAAAUACUAGUACUAAAUACCUAAUGGCAAAGCAAUCCAAACUAUACUUCUUGGUGGAAACAGGACUUGGGGUAUUUGUAUUUUGAAGUACACAGUGUAUUCCUCUUUGAAGUAUUCCACUUGACAAACAGCCAAAGUAUCAAUUGCUUAAGAACAACAAAAGAUGGAAGUAGUCAUCCAGAUUCCGUGAUUAUGAAGCCGAGUGGCUGUACUGCCGUCGGAAUGCCGAUGGAAAACCGGGGCAGCAGAGACCCCCAAUGGAUAAGCACUAGAUAGAACAAUGGCACGGGAACGUGGACUUGUUUACACUGGACUUGGAAAGAUGACCGGGAACCUUUCUUUCCGUGUUUACCCCCCCCGCCCCCUGUGGGAUGUGAAGCACAUUUCUAUAUGCAACAACCUAAAUUAUUGGCACUGUAUGUUGAGGAAAACUGGAUUUUUUUUUGGGGG